AUGACUUCGGAACCAAUAUACACAUUCCCUGCGUUUGAAGAUCUACCCAGAGUCCCCGGAACUCCACAAGGAUGCGUCUGGGGCAUAUAUGACCGAGACGGUCAGAAAGACGAGGUCGGCGCAAUCAAUCUGCUGACGCCAGCCGUGGUGCGUGCCGCGAGCCAGGAGAUCAAGACCGGCCGCCACGUCCAGCUGGACUGGGCCUUGCACAACUUGGAGUUUCCGGGCUUCUUCCGCAAACCGUUUGAGCAGAAGGUCAUCGAUCUGUCCAAAACUUUGGGCGCGUACGGCUUUGACGAUGAAAUUCACAUCAACACACAGAGCGGCUCGCAGUGGGACAGCUUGAAACAUCACGCUUAUCAACCGGGGAAAGUCUUUUACAAUGGGUUGACCUUCGAACAAGCCCUUGUGUCCACUACCAAUGGCAUUCAUAACUGGUGCGAACGAGGCGGUAUCGUCGGUCGAGGCAUACUGAUCGAUAUGGUUCGAUUCUACGAAAAACGAGACGGCACGGCCCCCGAUCCAUGGACGCGGUUUGAGAUUCCCGUGGCCGACCUCCAAGCCGCUCUGGCCGACCAAGGCACGACACCGCGACAGGGGGAUCUGCUCAUGAUCCGCUCGGGCUACGUGCGCCGACACGACCGUGCAUCCGCAGAGGAGCGCAAGCUGGGCACGUCGGGCACGGACACCACGGCAAUCGGAGUCGCCAGCAACGAGGAGAUGGUGCGGUGGCUGUACAGCCAGCACUUUGCCGCGCACAUCGGCGACACGGUGGCCUUCGAGGCCUGGCCACCGCCGCACGGGGGCGAUUGGAUCAUCCAUGAGUGGUCCCUGGUCUGGUGGGGGGCGCCGCUCGGCGAGAUGUGGAAUCUGGAGGGUCUGGCCGCCGAGUGUGAGAGGCAGCAGCGUUGGACGUUCUUCGUCACCAGUGCGCCGUUGCACGUCAAGGGCGGCGUGGGGAGUCCGCCGGGCGCGAUAGCUAUCUUUUAA